AUGCAAAGCGCGCAGAAGAGCGGCGCAGUUGACACAGAGCACGACGUACGACAGCCUUCCGGUCGCCCACCGAAGGCACCUGCGCCCGGCCCUUCAGCUGCGCACGCUGUCGACCGCCGCGGCCGGAAACCCGACCGACGCGACAGCCGCCACGACUUUCGGCAGUCCACAGUCGAUAGCGAACAACACCGCAGGCGUCUACCCGACACCCUCAAUGUGACCGAAAGAACGGAUGCUACUCACGACGACGUCGUGGCCGGGACAAAGACAGCGUCACUUUGCAUCGAGACAGAGACGACUACGGCUUCUUUGGUGUUACCCGAAGGUAACAAAGUGCUCACUGGCCACUCGGUGCAAAGCCCUCGCACGUCGGAGAACCGGGUGACGUACGCGGCGUCUGAUCGCGAAGAGAUUGCACGAGCACCUCAGCAAGCGGACGUGGAGCUGUCGUCACGUACUGAUUCCCACACACGCUCUGGAUUUCAAGCAAAUACGUUGAAGGACGUCUUCGCAUCACCGACGUCGUCAUCGACAUACGACGAAAAAGAAAAUGGACCGCGAUCGUGUCCAGUGGCCUUCACCGAUGGUCGCGCAACUCGAGCCACUUUGUCGCUGCAUACGAAACGGCACCAAUCUCGUGGUGAAAAUAAGCUGAUCGCAUCCAAGCUCUUGCCUACGCGCGAAAGUGUAAACAGUAUGCUCACCUAUUUGCAUGAACUACAAAAGUCGGAGACAAGUUUGCGCAAGCAGUUGGUGACAACAAAGCAGCAUACAGAGGAAGAACUGAAUCAGUCGCUGGCGAAGCUGAACAAACUGCAGGAGACGAUGCAGGAGAUAGAGCGGGGCCGAGAGCUAGCGCUACAAAGGCUGGAAGAGAAGGAGCAACGCAUUCGCGACCUCGCAACUAAGUUGGAAAAAGCGGAGGCGGAACAAGCGAGAGCCGGUCGUGGCUUUCAGAACGGAUUGUCUGGUGGCGAGCUGCCCUCCUUUGCUGAAGAGGCAGCUUUGCAUACAAAGGCAGAGCCGUGGACGUCAAAACAGCAAGCAGUUGGUCAAGGGACAAUGCUGUCAGGACGAUUGUCGGAUCAGCCUCCAUCGCUUACAGUGGCAGCGCUUCCGCGUCAUCAACAGCAUGACCAGUCCGCAACACUCCCUACGCGCACACCUCAGCUCCAGCCUACGAUCGACGAUCCGAAUCUGCAUGCAAUUGAUUUCCCCCGAUCGUCGAACCAGUCUUUGUGGGAUCCAUGGGCGUCGGAAGGUACAGCCUCGGUGACAAACGCCCCACCUAUGUUCACAAUAAGUUCAACAGAACUUGACCCCGAUGUGGCUCCGGUUGCAGAGUCAACUUUGACUAACGGUGGAGAUCACGAGCUACGGUCUGUACUAUUGUCUCCAAAUCGCGAUCGCUGUCAACCUGAAUCGAUACGGCAGCAGAAGCAUGCGUCUUCGGUGUCAGCACUCGACCAGCAUGGCGAUGCAUCAUUGGAACCACUGAGCUUCAGCCCCGGUAUCGGCAGUGCCUCGAUACCCUCGUUAGUGCCUCAAUUGCAUCAACCAAACUUGCAGCCACAAGGAAAGCAGGCCAUAGCUGAUGACGAGCAGGCGCAAGAGAGAUUGGCAGCCGUAACUUUAUCAUCGCGAUCCAAUUCGUUGUCUUCUAUCGAAGCCAUACCGCUAGCCGAUGUAAGUCCAUCGGAGCAGCAUGAAGACGAUGCCCCUUCUCCGGAUAGCGGCCUUCGUUCAAGGAACGCGUGUCCGGACCGCCAAGACAUUCAUGAACGCGCAUCUCGAGUCCCACUGUCAGGUAUAGGCAACAACGACCAGCCUCUAUCAUCAGCAGAAGUAAGCACCACUUCAUCGUCCCAUUCUGCAGCGCAAACCUCGCUGCAAGAUCGUUCAUUGCAUGCUGCAAUAUCGUACAGUGAAAGCGACGUGGACGCUAGAUCGGACACCUACGCUGCUCCUGCAGAUUCUCCGUCUCAGCUGCCAAUCACAUGUAAGGCCAAGCUCGAUUGCUCGUCUCCUACGACUCCGACAAGCCGCGAAGAUGUGCCUCCAAAGCACGCGUCGCUGGAGAUGUUGCUACUCGACUUCUUCACGGAAGUUGACAACAACCGAUUGAAGAUGGCGAAGGUGUACGGAAAGCGGUACGCAGGCCGCGAGAAGUGGCUGUUCGCUGAGUUCACGAAGCGAUACGGUGCGGCGAAGGUGGCAGUGCUGAAGGCUCGAUUCGACACUGGAAGCGGUGGUGGUGGCGAUGUGUCUGCUGCUACCAGCCGCACCGAUAGUGCGGAGGCUCAACACGCGACGAGGCCGCCUGAUGCCCCAAAUCAGGCGGAGCAGGGACGUCGAGGUCACCCACAACAUACACAGUUCUUCCAUCCUCCUGCACCUGAUGGAAACGUGGAGUUCGACACCGGUGCAGGUCCGCCUUCGAUGUCCGCUCCGAUUGCUGAUCCUCACGAGAUGGACGCGUCGAGCCUUCAGAGUCGACAGGUUGCGCCAGAGGUUGAGACCCCUCCGAGUCCGAGCGAAAGCCUUUCUGCGGGUGCUUUUUCGUCUCGGCAGCGUCAUUCUGGAGGCAACGUGCCGCCUCCAUCUGGCCCUUACAGCUCGUUCCCGAAAUCGCAAGAGACAAGUGGAGAAGUCAGUGCAGCUCUUGCAGGUGGCAAUGACGGCUCCUCAUUCAAACGUGAUCCCUUUCCUAUGUCUCAACGUCGCGCAGAGCCAUCCAGUCAUCGGCCGUUUCUUCCUCAGACGGGAACAGAGAGCAGCGAUGCUGCGUCGUUGGGUCUUCGCCAGCGUCGCCAGACGUCUGUUUCCAGCCAGGAUGGUAGUGGUGAUGCCGAACCUCCUGUCGUGACCUUGGAAAGUUUGCUGAAGGAGCUGUACAAGAAUCACCAGCCUGAUAAGCUGAAGAGCGUCCCUGCUAUGGCAAAGCAGUACGCAGGCAAGGAGCGUGAGCUUGUUGCGUCGCUGAAGGGGAAGUACGGAGCUCUGAGUGUGAAACGGCUGGAAGAAAGUCUGGACGUGCUGGAGCGCGCACACCUUGCUCGUUUGAGCAGUAAGGCUGCUGGAAAGCGGCGCGGCUGUUUCGUUCGUACCGUCUCGCUGGUGUUUUGGCUCUCGCUGCUGCUAUACUUCUCGUCCGGCGUUGUUUUUGUCAGCUUUAUCGUAUUGGAUGCGUGGGAGUGUCAUUCUCUAGACGGUGAGGAGCAAGAGUUGGAAGGUGCUGAGGAGUGUUCUGUGCUGAAGAAGGAGCUGGAGGCUUUUACGUACGAGCGCGUUGCUGACUACAUGGGUCAGUCACACCCGGACGCCUGCUUUUGCUCAGAGUGGAAGGCGCGCGAAAGUGCGUUGUUUGCCAAUUAUUCAGUCGAAGAUGCUGUCAAUUUGGCGAGAAUGGUUCCGUUCUCGCCUGAUUCUUUCGGGGCACCGUGGGUCGCGACUGUGAAGGCCCAAGUGCCCUCGCAAGAGUUUGUUGACGGCUAUGUCAAGCCCGUGGUGGACUUGUCAUUGGAUGCCGGUUCAUUCGUGUGGACGUCCGUCCUUGAGUUGGCAGAGUCAGGCAUGACUUCGGAGGAGUUGCCGGUCGUGGAACAUGACGUCGGUCAUGGUUACGGUGACGCUUCAUCCUUGGAUGAAGACGGCGACACCAAUGAGCACGCAGACUCACAUCCGCAGAAUGCUGAGACAGACAUCGACGAUCUUGUCGGCAACGAUGAUGCGGAUACCUUAUCGAUGGAAGAGGAAGAAGAGCUGGUUGAGGAUCAAUCACUUGCGGUGACGCCUGGUGUGUUGGAUCAAGUUUUUGUCGAGGAGGUCAGCGACGUGCUUGACGAGAAGCCUGAAAUCGAGGAGCUCGACACACGUGUAGCAGAGGCUGUGUUGGUGGAGGACGAGGAAGUCAUGUCCGAUGUGGCUGACGAGAUCGACAUUGCUGCGCCGGACGGUGUGCUGGUGGAGAGCGAGGAUGGCAUUCCCGCUGUGGGUGACGUGACGACCAUUACUGGAGAGAGCUUGCCAUCAGAAACGAAGAGAGAUGAGCAGGCCGCAAAAGAGUCAACCGACAUGCUGGAGGUGGACGACACCUUGUCAUUGGAGAUGGCUGGGUCGAUUGAUGCUAGCGAGCAGGCGGCAAGCGAUAAGAUUGAAGCAAGGGCUGAUGUAGAGGCUACUUCGGGCGGCGCUGUGAACAACUUGGCUGAAGAGGACGAGUCUGUUGGUGACGCCGAUGGCGAAUCUGCCGAGACCGAAGUAGCAGAUGCAGCUAUCACCGAGUCUACUGGUGGCAUCGAUGACGCGUCUGAAACUGAGAUCGCAGUAUUGGAUGACGCGGCGGAUAACGUUGCCGUUAAUGCUGCUGAAGAAGCACCCGAGGUCGCAGUAGGAGGCAACGUUGAGACGUCAACUGACGAUUCUGUGGCCGAAGCGGAGAGAGUCGUGGAGGUGGAAGUGCAUCAGGAGGGUCUAGACUUGUUGUACCCCGAGAGAGAGUCGACAGAAGAGGCUGAGACUGCGUCCGGUGAGGUGUCCGAUUCAUCGAUGCAUGGGGACCUCCUGCCUUCGCUCGCCAGCGGUGACGAGUCGUCUAUUUCGAAUGAAGAAACGGCGUUCGUAUCACCUGAGACGAGUACUGCCGACGAGGGAUCCACUACGCACACCAGCAGCGGCGCUGAUGCUGAUGCUGAUGUGACGAAUGUGGAGCCGGACGUUGGCGUAGAAAGUGAUGCGCUCGAAGCAAAUGGGGGACAUAGUGACGAGGAGAUGAUCGAAGCCUCACAAACGGAGCAUCAAGCUGAGCUAUGCUCGGAAUGCGAGUUUGUCACACACGACGACGAUUCGUCGACCUUUACUGACGUUGACGAGCAGGCCGCUUCUGCCGUAGUGGGGGAACUUCCGUCAGCCGAUGACGAUGAACGUGUGGUUGAAACGAAUGAAGCAGGCGAUGACGAUCCCACCGUUCUCGAUGAGGGGCAGGAAGAUGGCGAGUCGGAGAUUGAGGACGACACUGCGAGUGUAGACGGAGGUGUCGUGGCGCAGGACGUAUCGGAAGACGCUGAGCACGGAGAAGUAUUAUCGGCUGCAGCAGAGUCUGAUGCAACUACCGACGGGUCCGCUUUGACGGCUGCAGCAGAGUCUGAUGCAACUACCGACGGGUCCGCUUUGACGCCCGAGGCAGAAGUAGAGAACUUCGACGACGCUACGGACGAGAUGGAUGAGGUGGGCAACGAAGAUACUGAAGCUACUGCUGACCGUGAUAUCGAAGUGGAAGAGUUUGCGCGAGAAUCUGACCUAGCAAGCGAGCUUAACGAGGAAUCAGCGGUGGCCGAAGAUGCAGAUGUGCCGGACGACGUCAAUAUGAUGUCUGCUGAGCACGGUAGGGAAGCGGACGAACAGGUCGAGGUCGACGAGGCUACCAGUUUUUCUGCAGGCGAAGACGGGGACAAGUUAUCAAGCGGUAAAGACGAUGUAUCAGUGGACAACGCUCCAGCAGAUGCUGCAGUCGAAGACACAUUGAUAAUCGAAGCAGAUGCAUCGGCCGCUGACGACCUUAAUCAGCUCAGUGACGAGGAGAACGACGACCAUGAAAGUGAGGAGAUUGCGUUCAUGCUACAACUCGAAGACCCCGAGGAAUUGCUUCGGAUGGCUGAGCGGGCUGCUGUUGCCGCGAUCAAGACGAGAUGA